CAUAGCGAAAAAGUGAGGUUAUGGCGAAUGUUUGACGGGGGAGGGAAAUUUUGCCACGAGAUGGCGCUGCAAGUCAAUUAAAAAAUUUUGGGCGAGCUUGUAGUUUUUCAGAGGCAAUUUUUCCAUUUUGUGUUUUACGGCUGUGCGGGGUGGAAAAGUAUGCAAAAAAGUAGUUAAGUGGCAAGUGAGAUAAGUGAACUCAACACUGGCAAUAUGACAUCGACAAGUAUUGAGGCGGAAUACGGAGAAAUUAACGAUAACAAUAGAUGGCAUGGAGUGUUCCAGUCAAUCAAGGAUAAAUGUGAGUUGGAGGCCAAACAGAAACAAUUCACACUGGAUGAGUCCAAGAGUGUUUCCAAUAGAAAGUACAACAGAUACCGCGAUGUCAAUCCCUAUGAUCACUCCCGGAUUGUGCUCCAUCGCGGAGACACGGACUACAUCAAUGCCAAUCUCGUAAAGAUGGAGAGGGCAAACAGAAAGUACAUUCUGACGCAGGGACCUCUGCAGCAGACUGUCUCACACUUUUGGCUGAUGGUGUGGGAACAGGACUCGAAAGCAAUACUAAUGUUAAAUAAAUUACUUGAGAACAAACAGGUCAAAUGCCACCUGUACUGGCCCGAGAAGAUUGGCGAGGAGCACCGUAUGAAUCUGACGGACGUCGGACUCACUGUGGAGUAUUUGCAGAUGGAGGAUUUUGGCAAUUUCUCCAUUCGCACCCUAAGACUGACCGACACCGAAUCCACAAAAUCACGCGAAAUUCUGCAAUUUCACUACACCACAUGGCCCGAUUUUGGCAUUCCCAGCUCACCCGUGGCUUUUCUGCAGUUUCUCAAGAAGGUCCGCAAGUCCGGAGCCCUGGAUGAUGACGUGGGGCCACCAGUUGUUCACUGCAGUGCCGGAAUUGGACGAUCCGGGACAUUCUGUCUCGUCGAUUGCUGCCUCGUAUUGAUUGAACGUGAAGGUGAAAAUAAGGUGUCCGUUCAGGAUGUCCUCCUGGAGCUUCGACGUUUCCGCAUGGGCCUCAUACAGACAGUGGAUCAGCUUCUGUUCUCCUACCAAGCAAUUAUCGAGGGGAUCAAACGCCUCAAUAAUCCUCUUUCUCAGGACUUUGAUGAUUACUAUGAAAAAGUGACUAAUGCCCAGUCAGAAGAGGAUGAAAAUGUUGAUCAGGCACCACCGCCACUACCGCCACCUCGUGUUGAUUCCCUCCAUGGAGGUCAACCUGCCAAGCCAUUGCCUUCAAUUCCCACCGGAGAUGCUGAGGGCAAUCCGGUGGCUGUGAAUGGGAACGACGAGCCGAGGGGAGAGGAGAAUGGUGUUGGGAGUGUGGAUCGUCCACUGCCACCGUUGCCCAGGGAUAAUUCACUGGAGAAGGUGGAUGAGUCUCAGAGUGACCAUGAUUCGCUGGAAGAUGAGGAAGAGGAUGAUUUGGCUGAGGAUGAAGCCGAGGAGGAGGGAAGUGAAGAGAUGAAUGAGGCAGAGAAGAAUGGAUUGGACAACAGCAAUGAUUCAAUCAAGUCUGAUGAGAAUAUUGACAAUAGUCAAGAGGAGGCUCAGUUGAGACGCAGGAAGCGCCAGGAGCGACAGGAUGCCAUGGCGGAGAAAGUGCGCGAAAUCAAGCGGAAACAGAAAAUGAGUGAAGAAUCAUCACCGAAAAAGCGCAGGUCACUUAUGAUUACUAUAGCUGCUGGUGUUAUUCUUGGUGUAAUUUGUGUCUAUGCCUAUGUCAAAUUCACAUGAAUUUUUUCACCAUCCACAAAAAUAUCCCCGAAAAUGCCUCUAACACCCUAACUUUUUUUUCUAAAACAAAACAACAAUUUCCGGGGACCUUUUUUCCCCUUUCUUAAUUGUUAGGUUGCAAUUGUGCCAUCGAGAAGCUUUCAUAAAUUGAAGGUAAGGUUUUUUUUCUAUUGAAAAGUCCGUGGAGAAUGUUUGACAAAUAGCCCCGCCCACAAAAUUCUCUAGUGCCGCCCUCUUGAGAAGUUAUGAUAAAUUUUAUAUAUAUUUUUUUUAAUUUUAUAAAUAGAAGAUUUUUAUGGUAAUCUUCGAGCCAGUUAAUUUCAGUACAAUAUUUGCAGGAGGUGACUUAAUAUUUCAUCUUGAAAAAUAGACCACGCUCCUUCCAUUAUUCUUGGUAAUUUUAUUAAUUGUAUGACAGUAACUGUGUUAUCACACUUGCACAUUAAAAUUUUAAUAUGAUUCACAUUAAUUGUCGCUGGUGAGAGUCCAAAUGUGUAAUUUGUGUAUUUGAAUCAUUUUAUAUUCAAAAUUUGAUCUAUUUGUUGAUAAAAAGGUAGACUUGGCCCGCAAAAUUUGAUAUAAAUUGAUUUAUAGCAUUAAUGCGAAAAAAUAAUGCGAUUUUCACUUUAAUUUUUUAAUGUGAAAAAUAUUUAUGCUUUAGGUAAAUUUAAACUUAUUUUUGCAGACCAAAUCCACUUCUUUAUCAAUAAAUAGAAAAAAAACCCAAAAUAUUAAGUGACUCAAAGACACAAAUAACAUAUUUGGACAUUAAAAUUUUAAUGUGCAAGUGUGAUAACGCGGUAAGAUUCGUGAUCCAAAAAUUAAAUGUGGAAAAAUACUUUUUUUAUAUUUUUGACUGCAGAAAAUUUAGUACGGUAAAAUGGGGUAAUUUGGAACAAUAAUGUCUAUUUUGGGAUUUUUGAGAUUUUCUCAAUGUUUCAGGUGGUCAAAGAGAAAAGGAAAGCCACAAAGAAGUACAAGACUUUACAUUCCAGAGUACCUCUUCGUUGUUUUUUUGUUUUGCCAUCUGAAACUGUCAGGAAACUUCACCGUUCCAAAUUAGACAUCCAAUACCUCGAAUUUCCACACUGAGAAAAAAAGAGGGUGCGAUUGACAUUUUUUCCUCAUAAAUUUAACACUUUAGGUGUAAAAAUAAUCAACAUUUUUUAAUGUUAAUUUUACACCUUUUUAAAAGUAAAAUUAACAUGAAAAAGGGUAACUUUAACCUAAUAAGCAGAAUUUAAUUAAAAAAGGAAUGUUUUUGGCUAUAAUUACACUUUCGAUAUAGGAGAGUGCCUAUUUUUUUUUUUUUUAAUAAUUUAUUUUUCUAAUUCGAAACCUCGAAAUUUUUAUUAUAAACUGAUAGUAUCGUGCUUUCGGAAUAAUAUCUGCAACAAAUUAUUGAAUUGGAUUUAUAGUAAGGUAAAGUGCCCUGAAGUCGACCGGUUCCUCAAUUCGACCGGUAGAGUUAUUUAUUCAAUUUAUUUAUAUUUGCACUAAUAUUUGGCGUAUGAUCUAACAUUAAUAGUAGGUCAAUUAUUUUAUAAAUAAAUACGAAUCAAUGACAAUUUUAUAGAAAUUCACCAUUAAAACAUUCAAAUAUUGACCACCGGUCGACUCGAGGACACUUUACCUUAGACAGUUUUUAUUUUAGGUUAGAUUGAAUAUAACCUCAUUUUGAAAUAACCUGUCUAUUUGUGAGACUAUUAUAAUAAUUUGAAAUACAAAUUAAUAUUUUUAGAGUCGCUUUUAGAACGAUAAAAUAUUAAAGAUUCUAACCUCAAAGUUGCAAUCUGUUACCAGAAUUAGUGAAUGAGGAGCAGUCUUUGGUCAUUUUAAGGUUAGAAUAAAUUAUAGCUUCAAUUCUACCCAGCGAGCACCAAAUUCUAACCGAUUUCAAUUCAUUUGAAAACAUGUAUUUUCGGCUGGAUUCUCCUAACCUCAAAAUGACACUCGCCGGGCGGUACCAUUUUCAUAAGUUAGCAAAGCUUUGUCAUGUAACGAAGAUUCUCAGCGGAAAAUGAACAUUGGACGAACAAAAAGAAACCAGUGGCCUAUCAAGCCUAAUAAAAAGUGAAGCUAUUUUUCACUUUUCCAUGUAAAAAUUUUGCACAUAUUGCACCGCGACUUGAACAAAUUUGCUCGUAGUUCUUGUAUUAUUUCGGCGAACAUUAUGAAAUAUGCAUUUUUAAAUAGCUUUUAGUGCACGAUUUCGAAAUAUAUCAGACUGAUAAAUCAAUUCUCUUUAGGAAAAAACUUGUCAAAAGUCUUCAGUGCCUCUAUGCAAAAACGUAUGGAAAAAUAAAAUGUCGAGAGGCCCCUGAAGAAACAAAGAAUAUAAAAGCGUGAGAUAUUAGAAAAAAUCCGGAAAGGUUCAUUUUAUAUUUUAAGAUUGCUAAGGGGGCGUGGCUAAAUUAUCAUAGGAGGGGCUUUUGAUGAACCCCUUCCACAAAAAAGCAUUCUAAUUACUGGCUCGUAGGGUUUAACUGAAAACUUUUAAAGAAAUCUUCUUUAUUUAAUUAUUUCUGUUGAAGAGGGAACUGUUGAGUAGAUCAAUGGGCGGGGCUUAUUUAAGUAGUCAAACUGUUACGUCUGCAGAAUAAUAAAAAAAUAUCAAGCGAAGAAUCCCAAUUUUUUAACACUGAGAAAAAAAAGAGGGUGCGAUUAACUUUUUCCUCAUAAUUUUAACACUUUUUAGGUGUAAAAAUAUAUCAACAUUUUUUAAUGUUAAUUUUACACCUUUUUAAGGGUAAAAUUAACAUGAAAAAGGAUAACUUUAACCCCUAAUACACCUAAAAAGGGUAAUAUUUACACCAAUUUUGGAUCAAUACUGCAGGGUAAAAUUAACAUUUCCGGAAUGUUAUUUUAACUUUUUCGGAUUUCUCUCAGUGAAGGGAUCAAAGAUAAAAGAAAAUUUGCAGGGAAGUUCUUGAAGGCAGAAUUGUAGCUGAAUCCUUAAAUGGCUGUAAAAUUCUCUCAUUGAAUUUCUGGCAUAAAUUUUCCCCAUCCCAGAUCCUUUAUCCUGAACCGCCCUAGAUGAAAAAAGCUGCAUAAUAACCAUCCUCUAUCACAACAUCUGUCCCUCCUCUGUACAGAUUUUUUAACAACAAAAAAAUAAAAAUAAAAACCCGUGUUAACAUUUUAGAUUAGAGACAAAUCACUAAAAAAAGCAACCUCCUUCGUCCCGUAGACAUUUAAUUAUUUCCGAUUAGACCUAUUAUAUACAAUACAGAAAUUUUUCUCAUGAAAAGAAUGAUUGUAGAAUUGUGUGGAAGGCAACGAUUAACUAAUACGAAUAUUUUUGAGACACUUUCACUUUCUCGCGUGCGGUUGAUGGAUAAUGCAGAGAGAAUGGGACAAAAUGCCUCAUUGCUGAAGAUAAGAAAAUGUUUCUUUGAUAAAAUUGUGCGUAGAAUAUACAGUGUGAUGAAGAAUGAAUGGAGAAUGUUCAAAAAAAAAUAAUUAAUAAUUUUUGAAAAUGGAUAAUUUUCAAUAUUCUUGUUUACAUCAAUAUUUUCGAAAUUAUUCAUUCAUUCAUUUCAUUUAUUGUCAUCUCUUACAUACCAAUCUGUUUACGAAUUUACAAAUUAUUUUAAAGAUAAAAUGUAGAAAAUGGUUUGCAUUUAAAAUUUUAUUAGAUUGAAUCAAUUUAAGAAUCAGAAAAUUGCACAUGAAUCAAUUAUUGAGUCAAAAAAAAUUAUAAUUUGAAUUUUUCAUCAAUUUCUUUUGAUUUUUCGAAAAAAAAUUUAAAAAUUUGAACCAUAAACUUUUCAUAACAUUAAAGUUUAUGCAGUUUCCGUUGAUUUCCGUUGCAGCUGACCUAUUAACUAAUCGAUCGUCACUGAAAAUUUUAUCGACAUUUAAUCGAUUAGUUACAUAAUUUAAUUUUGUGGGAAUUUGAUGGGUUUCCUCAAUGAACUGUUGACAAGUUUCACAAGGAGAAAAAUCCAUGGAGGUUAUCCUUGGAAAAAUCGCUAAGAUUUCGCAUUCAUUCCACGGAGUCGUCUAUAUCAUUUCGCGUGGAUUUCUUUUCAAUAAAUUUCGAGGAAUUUUCUGUUAAUACAAAAUUUCAAUAGAAUAUUUCAAGUAGAGGGAAGUGAGGCACCUUUGAACUGGGGCAACUUUGAAAUUGAGCUUUAUUCUCCAAUUUUUAAAUGAAACUGGGCUUUAUAAAGAUAUUAUUGUGGAGUUCAGAGGCAAAAUGACACAUAUCCUAUGGCUAAAGCAUAGGAUAUGUGUCAUUUUACCUCUGAGCUCCACAAUUUAGCUUCGCAAACCAAGUAUGAAGCUAAAUUGCAUUAUGAUAAGACUCAUUUACAUCUAAAAGUGAAAGAAAAAUACCAAUUCUAAAUCUACCCCAAUUCAAAGGUACUCCACUUCCCCCUUUAAUUCCUCAUAUCUUUUCUGCUAGGAAUAGGGCACGAUGGAAUGUGUCCAAUUACCAGUCUAUAUUUAUGACCAUGGAAUUAUAGUCAAUAUAGUACACAAAAAUUUUGCAUUUAUGCUGCAUAAAACUUUCAUGCUAGCGCUAUCAUUAAUUACUAUAACUUUUCUUCAAUAAUCUGCAAAUUCCUUGGCCUUUUAUUGCUUUGAACGAAAUUUAUUGCUUAUGACCAACUACAGAAGGUCCUGGGAUUAUGCAUAUUUUCGGGACCGACAAAAAGCGCGCGAAACGGCUUUAUAAGUUACGGAAUAAGUUGCGGAAAUGCCGCAAAAUAUGCAAUAUAUUCUUGACGCCAAUUAAUUGGACUAUUUUCAGUGCCAACGGUUCAUAAAUCACGCAUUUCAAAUCUAGCGCCUGGAAAAAUUGCAUACAUUUCGGAGCACAUCAAAAAUUAUUUCACAAAUGAGCUUCUGGUGAUAGGCAAAGAUGCAUAGAUGUGUUUGAAUAAUCCCGGGAUCCUUGUACAUAUCGUCGGUUGGAUUAGCAACUGUGCUAACUGCAUUUGCUUUGUAAUUAUUUUUGUAAGCGACACAUCGCUGCGUCGCUUUUGCAAUGAAUGCAGAACAAAUGCAGCUAGCACAGUUUCUGAUCCAACGGACGAUAUUAUGACAAAUUUUCGUCAUCAUUAACACUUGCAAGUAAAUUUGCGUCAAAUUUUGGCCUCAGUGAAAUAAAUGUUAUGAUUUCUUGCUCUUUCGUUUGCCUAUCAGCUUUUUUUAAUGAAACAAAAGAAGUCAAACAGUAAGAGUUAUCGACUUGCGGUUUUCGAGGAACCUUUCCAUAAGUUAACUGUGUGGCUGGAUUUUUUAUGAAAACCAAGUGAAGCUACAUUUUCAGCUUAUAAAAUUGGGAGACUAUUACAAAGUUUUCUGAAAGAAGUUAAAGAAAAAUAGUUUUGUUUUUGGAACACCGAUGUCCCAUUCGUCCUUAAAGGGUUAACGCAAUUAUAUGCAUUUCUCUACAUUUUUUGAAUAUUACAGACAGCAUUUGCAUUUGAUCAAAGAUAGCUCAUGAAUAGCUUUCACAAAGUCUUAAUGGUUUUUUUAUGGUAUUAUUCGUAGAAAAUUUGCAAUUACAAAUUAACAGCAUUUUAAUUAAGUAUAUUCUGUGCUGAUCUACGCUAAAUAGUGUUAGAUCUUGCAUCACAGAAGAUGCAAAAGUAUUUUUAGAAAUUUAUUGUAGUUUUGAAGCAUUCCUAUUACAACUAUUCUUUGACAUUUCCAAGAGCUAAAUUGUAGUAAAAAUUUAAUUAUUUUUUUAAUGCUUUGCUAAAGAUUACAAUCACCGCUGUUUCUUGUGCUUAUUCGGUAGCAUUGUUUUUUUAGGUUAUGCUUUUAGGUUGCACAUAACCUUAAAUAAGAAAAUAAAGCACAUUUUAAAAUGAGAAAUUAAUCAUCAGCAUUGAAGUUAUUCUCGUCCCAACUCCUGCAUAACUAACCAUUAAAAACUGAAAGAAACUAAAGUAGUUUGAAUUGUGAGAAUGUGGAUGAAAAUAAUCAAAAAAACAAAAUUGAAUAUUUUAUAUAAGAAGUAUAUAUAUUUUAACUCGAUAGAUAAUGAUCCUAUUUAUACAAGAUGAAAAAGAAGAAACAACUACAAAAGUAAGAAAUAUACUAAAAAUUGAAAACUGAGCUAAAACAUUUUAUUAGGAAAGAAAAUAAGAAACCAAUUAAACAAUAAAAGUGGAUUUUGUGACAUAAUUUUUUUCCACGGAAAAUUUAAAAAAAAAAGGAUUGGGAGAAAACUUUAGAGAGGCAGACUUUAAAAUCUUGAUUUCUUUUUUGGAAGUAUAUCUUUAAAAGAAUAUAUUAAAACAAAACAAAAAAACUAUUUAAAAAUAUACUGUGUAUUUGAAUGUGGAAGUAGCUUUUUGAUAUUAUAAAGUGAAAACAAGGAGAGAUAAAAAAAAACAUUGAAGAAAAGAUAGAAGUGAAGUAAACGACUAGACUUUAGUAGAGUAGAUAAAGCAAGAAGUAAAGGAAAGUAAGGUUAGAAAUGAUUAUUUUAGAAAUUCUUUUACUAUUUCACACGCUACAAAUGUGAUGUCUUUCUAUUUUUACAAAAUAUUAAUUAUUUAGUUUAGAGAACGAGUUUUUCCUAUUUUUUUUUGUUUUUGGCAUUCUCUCUCUGAGUGCUCAAAGUUUGUAAAUUUCUGCAUUUUUCUUCUCUCUCGGCUUUUUUUUUUGUUGAAAAGAAUUGUACAAUUUUUUUGAUUUAGAGAGAAAGAGGAAAUUUCUAAGAAGAAAAUCAUUUUUUAAAUCACAAGAAAAUUAAAAAAAACAGGAGGUCUAAUUUUUGAGAUGGAGGAUUUAAAUAAUUUUUUUUCUGAAAUUAUUUCUUAUUUGUCAUUGAAAAUAAAAUAUCGUGCAUAAUUUUUA